AUGCUCACGCAAUUGGUGAGCAUCAACGAGCGGCUCGGCCGGCUUGAAGAUGUGCACACCCGGCUGCCACUUUGUUCUGUCGACGCUCCACCUCCUGCCGCCAGCGCAUCAUUCACUACUGCCGUCGAGCUCUCAGCUCCAGCGCCUGCAACAGCGUCGAUGCUCACGGGAUCGCUGCUCAACUGGUAUACUAAUCACAUCUGGGAAACCGUUAAGGGAAAGAAAGAGCAGAACAAACGAGCAGAGGCAAAGGCUGCGAUCAACAUCAUGGCAAUACUUUACCAAGCGCCAUUCCAGAUACCGAAGCAGCCCAGUCGAUCCGACGUCGCGGCUUACCAGCACUGGAAAGACGACAUUUGGACGCUUGCCUUGGCCAUGGCCUUCACCGUCAACGCGCGGCUGCACUCCUUCGACCAAAAGAAACCUACACGCAAAGCGUCUUCGUUACGCAAGCGCUGGCGACAGCUGCGUACAUCGCAUCCCGACGCAUACCGCACGCUUGCGCUCAAAGCCAACGGCGCUGUUGUGGACGCUUGUACGCCUGCAUCGCACCAAUGG